ACGGUUGUGGCAUGAUGCAGCAUCCCACUGAUAAGUGAUUGUGACUUUUCGGCUACCCUUGGAGCUGUAUCGCCCGGGACAUUGUGGUCCGAGGAGCCGCGUGUGGUGGUGUAUAAAUAAGGGUCCCGAUCGUGAUCUGCAAAUCAGUCCGAUUUGUAGUGCUGCUGUUGUUCGGUGGGUAAGGAUCUCUGCGCGUGGCCACAGACAUUUUUUGGAGUACGGUUCAACGGAAGUGAUUGAAAGAAAUGGCGGAUCCAGUAAAGAGUGAUGCAAAAACAAACGGUUUUCAUAAAACAACCAAUGGCCAUCAUGCGGAAGAGCUGAAAAUUGCCAUCAUCGGGCAGAGUAACUUCGCGGCGGAAGUACUUGAGUUGCUGCUCGAACGAGACCACAUGGUGGUCGGUGUGUUUACUAUCGCCGACAAAGGAAAUCGGGAAGACAUACUGGCAACAACAGCCCGCCAACAUCGUAUACCGGUGUUUAAGUUUGCUGCCUGGCGUCGCAAAGGUGUCCCAAUACCCGAGGUACUCGAGCAGUACCGGUCGGUUGGGGCGAACCUUAAUGUGCUUCCGUUCUGCAGCCAGUUCAUCCCGAUGGAAGUGAUUGAUGGGGCAGCAUUCGGUAGCAUCUGUUACCAUCCUUCAAUUUUGCCACUUCACCGAGGCGCCAGCGCCAUCGCAUGGACACUAAUCGAAGGCGAUGAGCGGGCCGGGUUUUCUAUCUUCUGGGCCGACGAUGGACUUGAUACGGGGCCCAUUCUGCUCCAGAAACAGUGUCCAGUUUUUGGUGACGAUACGCUCGACACGCUGUACAAACGGUUCCUCUAUCCGGAAGGUGUCACAGCGAUGGGGGAAGCGGUGGACAUGAUCGCGGCCGGUACCGCACCCAAGAUUCCACAGACAGAAAUCGGUGCCAGUUACGAUCCUGCGCUGUUCCGUGAGGAGAAUCAGUACAUCAAUCUCAACCAACCGGCCGUGCGAAUAUUUAACUUCAUCCGUGGACUAGAUUCUGUUCCCGGUGCGUUAGCUACUGUGGAGAUGGAUGAUGGGCUUGAUGUACCGGUUCGACUGUACGGAGCGUCACUCAGUGCGAGGAGAAGCAUGACCAAUGCGAGGCUGAUUCGAUUUAAAGGAGCCGUUGGACCUGCGUUUGUGACGCGGGAAGGAAUCUUCAUCACCGGCACCGAUGGAACAUUGGUUCGAGUGAAGCGUCUCAAGCGUGGCAAUCGUGUUAUUCCCGCUGGCCAGUGGUUUGAGCAAUCAGAAACCAAAGUGACACCGCUAGAGCUGAGCGAUAAGGAACAGGAGCAGGACGCAUUGAUCCGCAGCAUUUGGAAAUCGAUCUUGAAAGUGGAGAUAGAAACGGAAACGGAUUUUUUCGCCUGCGGUGCUGGCUCGAUGGAUGUAGUGCGUUUGGUGGAGGAAGUUAAGGAUACCCUGGAGGUACCGAUCAGCAAUGAAACACUGUUCAUGUCCCCAACGUACGGGGAGUUUCUACAGGAGGUUAUACAGCGGUUGCGUACCGGUGGCAGUGAUCAAGGUGCAAAUAUUGGAUGCGAUUACAAACACGUAGUGUUGAAAGCAAAUCGCCGUCAAAUUUCCGUUCCAACGCAAAUGUUCAUCAAUGGACGAUUUGUCGAUUCGGAAGCUAGCAAAACGAUAGCGAUCGUGAAUCCCACCAAUGAGCAGGUGAUCUGUGAAGUUGCUAGUGCCUCUAAAACAGACGUUAAUGAUGCCGUUCAAGCAGCCGAUGAAGCGUUCCGAGGGGUAUGGACAUCCGUUUCGGCACGCGAACGAGGUCAGCUAAUGUACAAGCUAGCGGACCUGAUGGAACAGUACAAAGAGGAGCUAGCGACAAUUGAAUCCAUCGAUUCCGGUGCAGUAUAUACGUUGGCACUCAAAACGCACGUCGGUAUGUCGAUCGAUGCGUGGCGCUACUAUGCUGGGUGGACGGAUAAAAUCGAAGGUACCACCAUUCCGGUUAAUCCCGCUCGUCCUAACCAUGUGCUAACGUUCACGAAAAAGGAACCGAUCGGUGUCUGUGCUUUGAUUACACCCUGGAACUACCCCCUGAUGAUGUUGUCGUGGAAGAUGGCCGCAUGUAUUGCAGCCGGCAAUACCGUCAUAAUCAAACCUGCCCAAGUUUGCCCACUGACAGCGCUCAAGUUUGCAGAACUGACGGUACGUGCCGGGUUUCCACCGGGUGUUAUUAAUGUCGUUACCGGUACGGGAUCACUGGCCGGUCAAGCGCUUGCCGAUCAUCCAUUGGUACGCAAGCUGGGCUUCACUGGAUCCACCCCAAUCGGUAAGCGCAUCAUGACAUCUUGUGCCGAAUCCAACAUCAAGAAGUGUUCGAUGGAACUGGGCGGUAAAUCUCCGCUUGUCAUCUUCGCCGACUGUGACCUCGAGAAAGCGGUUCGGCUCGGAAUGUCGUCCGUGUUCUUCAACAAGGGUGAAAACUGUAUUGCCGCUGGUCGGCUGUUUGUGGAGGAUCGCAUCCACGACGAGUUUGUGCGCAAGGUGAUCAAAGGUAUAAAGACGAUGAAAAUCGGCGAUCCACUCGAUCGUGCCACUGCCCACGGACCGCAAAACCAUCGGGCACACUUUGACAAACUGCAGGAGUACUGUACAAUCGGCGUGAAGGAGGGUGCCACCUUGCUGUACGGUGGAAAGCGUGUGCCCAACAUGGAUGGAUUCUUCUUCGAACCGACCGUCUUCACGAACGUCGAGGAUCACAUGUACAUAGCGCGGGAAGAAUCGUUCGGGCCGAUUAUGAUCAUUUCCAAAUUUCAUUCGAGCGAUUUUGAAGCACUGGUAGCACGUGCUAACAGCACCGAGUACGGGCUGGCUAGUGGCGUUUUUACCAAGGACAUCCAAAAGGCACUACUGUUUGCGGAAAAAGUCGAGGCGGGUACAGUGUUUGUGAACACUUACAACAAAACGGACGUGGCGGCCCCGUUCGGUGGCUUCAAGCAGAGUGGAUUCGGGAAGGAUUUGGGCAAGGAAGCUUUAAAUGAAUACCUCAAAACUAAAUGUGUAACUGUGGAGUACUAAGCGCGCUGGGAAUUAUAUCGUUUAUAAUUUAGAGAUACGACAAUAAAUUAUAUAUUGCAAUUAA